AGUCGACGAUGCGGGGCCAGUGGCCGCGGGCGCUGUUGCUCCUGGUGCUGGUACAGCCCAGCCUGCAGGGCAAGCUGCUCAAGGCGGCCCUGGCUGCCGCGGCCAACGGAGGGUUCCGAAUGCUGCCCGUGUUUCUGCCUAUUCCCGUCGAAGAGAGCCUGUACUAUCCCGUUCAUUACUUUCUGCCCAUACCGUACGAAGAGUGGCCCCACACACACCAAAAUGUUCACAAGGUCCACCACCGCCAUAAGACGGUCAUGCCUGUUCAUCGUCGAAAUCACCAAGUUGCCCAUAAGCACCACGGUCGAGCCAAUGGCCACAGAAAGAAGCAUAGACGCAACCACUACUGACCUCCCAUUGUUUGCUCAGACUGAUGUUUUUCGCGUAUUAAGAAGUGUGCUUCACAUUGUUUCACUCUACUGUACUACGUACUUGUUUCAGGCACGAAAGUUAGAUUGGGAAGAUGGAGCAGAAGAGAGACAGCCAGCGGUGAAGCGCCGAACCACCGACUGUUUAAUGACAGUCCCAAAUACGAACAGAAGACUUCCGCGUACGCGUUGCAGAACGAAAGCGUGACGCCGAAUGACAUGCUCAUGGUAGCAGUCUUCCAAGAAAACACGUUUCCGUCCAGUGCAAUGUGAUUGAUAUGCGUCGCUGACACAAGCGGACCAUUUUAUUUUUUGUAUGUUAUAGAAAGCUUAUUUUCCUUCUCACGAUCUGGAUUUCACGCCGAAAACAAGUAUGUUGCAGUAAAGCUAAGCACUGACUUGCCGAAGUACUGCCAUAAAACUACGAUCAUAAAAGCCGACAAGUGGCAAAAAAAAAAAGAAAGAAACUGCUGCAAACUACAAGAUUUACAGGACAGUUAUAGCUGACUCAUUUCGUUUUUGAUCAGUGAUAACUACGGCGCGGUUCUUCAUAACUUAACGAUGGGUACCAAUUAUCAUCAUAUGCCGUGUGGCCAGCGCGAAAAACAAGCCGCCAUGACGUCAAGAUCGACCCUUCGAGCGCGGCAGUCGCGUGGACGGUGUUCGAGUGUUCAGACUUUCAUAUUAGGAUAUUCAAUUGUAGUAUAUUCCAACUUUAUCGCAGUGUCCCGUGCAGUGUGCGCUUAGAUUUGGGAACACCUUAAGUUAUCCAAUGUAGUCAAAAGUGGUUCGGAAUUCCUGCUAGGGCAUGACUCAUAAUCAUAUCGUGGCUGUGGCACGUAAAACCACAGAAUUAAUUUUUUGCAUAACUCAUCGAUCGUUGUCACACUGUCCUGCUGUUACAGAUUCAUUUAAUUCAUACAUAUUGGGAACGUACAAACCAGCUUUUGAUCGGUGGUAAGCGUUAAUUAAACAUCGGUCGCAACUCACUCGUAAGAAUACUGAAGCGCACUCAACAGCUAGGGC